UUGAAAAUUGCAUCAUCAAACAAAGACCUUGAUCAGGAUGGGAUCAAAGCUUCAGCUGCUAGCAACAACAAUAUAGUGAACUCUCUAAAUGAAAGUAACGAAGACCAGGGAAAUGGGCUGACUUCAGAUGUUAAAGUUGUGCCAUCUCUUUCUGUUAACCAACUUGCAUACCUCGUUUCAGAUCUGGAUAAAAUUCAGGAACAGCUUCCAGGCCUCUUGGAGAUAAUUAAACCAAGGCUGGUGAACAUCGGGUUUGCAAAUUUCUCCCUCAUUUCAGAAGCACUUGCAGAUUCUCAGACUUCAGUGGAAAGCAAGCUGCCUGCAUUAGGUGGUAGAAUUGUUGAGGAACUGAGUGAAGCCUGUUUCAGUUAUCUUAAAAAUGCUUCUGAAGUGCCCAGGCUGUAUCGAAGGACGAACAAGGAGGUCCCUAUCAAGGCUUCCUUAUAUGUUGAAAAUGCUUUGAAACCCCUGCACCAGCUGCAAUCCGAGUAUAAAGCAGUUGUGAAAGAAAACAGGAUAGAGGAGUGGUUGUCAGGUGCUCUCAGAAUUUGCAGUGAAAGGUAUUAUGAAACAGUUUCUGAUGUCCUUAGCUCUGUUAAAAAGAUGGAGGAGAGUCUGAAGCGACUGAAACAAGCACGGAAAUCUGCAGCUGCAAGCAGCAUGGGAACAAAUAGCGGCAUUAGUGAUGAUAACAAAAUCAGGCUGCAGCUCGCUUUGGAUGUUGAAUACCUAUGGGAUCAAGUCCAGAAACUGGGUUUGCAGAUGUCAACUUUCACACAGUUUGCAGCUUUGCUAGAAUUAGCUCAAUCAGCCAAAGCAAUAGCCACAGUCGAUCCAGUCUGAGACAUCACUGGAACCAGGUUUCAAUGGGUGUCUACAAUCACCUGCAUUAUACAACCAACACAACAGUAUCACAGUUAAACACUAUCAGGAGCUUGCCAGAGUUAACUCCAUCAGAACCUAUACCUUCAAUUAAUCCUACCCUAUUUUGCUCAAUUUCUAGUUUUCAUAAAGAAGUAUAAAAAUGUGAUCACAGUUUAUAAAUCAUUGAAGAAUACUGCAGAAUAUGGUUCAAUGAUGAUGGAUCUGUACUUGUACGUUACUGAGUGCAGAGCUGGACAAUGUGUUGUGGAUUUCAGUGCCUGCAUCAGAUAAGUGCAGUUUUAUUUUCACAUUCCUUGGAGAAGCUUGGAAUCAAAACUACAAACUGAAAGGAACUACAGGUUACUUCUGUUUUGAGCUUGUAAAGUAAAUUGUUAUUAUAAUUCCAGCUGUCAAUGAUUUGUUCGCCUAUUUAAAUAAAUCCAAUAAGGAAUUCA